AUGUCGGUAGCAUCGCCUAUGCCGUCCACGCUUCCGGGCAUGCUGCCAUCGGAAACGCAAGCAAAUAGAUGGCGUGGCUCUUGUACCCCAUCUUCUUUCCGCAUCGCCAAGCCAGCAGCAUCUUCUGUACGAAAGGUGAAGAGGAAGCCGGUCCCGACCAUCCCAGAGGAGCUGUUGCAGCAGCAGCCGGCCUCCAGCAGCACCGCGUCAAGUCCAACACCAGUCCUUGCAGAAAGGUCGAACAACAGUGAAACAAGCACAGCUGCAUCUUCCAAUCCAAGGCCGUCGGCAAAUGCAAGUGCCCCACCGAAGACAACACAGCAGCCGCAGCGACAAUAUCUGCUCGACAUUGACGCUCCCACCGCCUCGUCAAGGGCCUCAAGCUCUACCGACGAUCCUGUCAAGCGGCUCCUGCGCUCAGCGAGCGUAUCUGUCGGCUCGACCACCCGGCAGCGACGAGGACCAUUGAAGUGGAUGCAAGAGAAAGAAGAGCAUACAGCAACCGCAUCUUCGUCCUCCCCUCCUCCCGCUCGCCAACCGCUCGGUCGCAAGGGCAGCAUCCUCAAGGUCUCCCUCCGACGCAACAAGCCUGAAGAGCCGCCUUCCGCAGCACUCACCAUCUCUGGUCCGACCGACUUUGUCCAUGUCAGCACGGGUGCCGACGAAGCCCCGUCCUCUCCUCGACGACCCAGCGUGACGUCCACCACACCGUCUCUUCGCAUGUCUACGGCAUCAACCUCGAGCGGAACAUCUGUCGACACAGCCGACGACAAACCGCUCUACAACCUCGCAAGCGCGCAACCGUUGCGACCGCUCAAGUCCAUCCGUCGGCCAUCUCGAACCAUCGCCGAAGAACCGCUGUUCACUUCUCCCGGUUCAACCUCCCCGCAGGACAAGAGGAAAGCCAUCUACGCCACUCCAGGCAGUGUGCUGGCGCUAACGCCCGUCGCACCAAGACGCGCGAGGGGCAGGACGUCCGACGAGAGCGAGCCGGAACUCACCAAGUCCAGUUCCUCGAACGACGACUCCGACGAUAGCAGAUCCAGUUUGGGCUCGCUACACGAGUUCAGGCGCUUCUUGGACUUUGGUGAUGACACCCGACACAAAGGUGGAGAGGAAUGGACGUCCGGUUUGGGCCUCCCGAUCGUGCUCGAGAAGUUCUAA